UUGUAUUAAGUUGUAAUAUUGGCCUUGCGUGCAUGCAGGGAGUGAACGGCGGCAGUUGCAGCUCAGCCGUCUUGCAAAGCUGUUCGCCAUUGCUGGCCCGAGGAAUAGCGUCCGGCGUGAUUGCGCCUCUUAGUUGGACGCUGUGCGCUGCUUGGUGUGCUCCUGUAUCAUGGCCUCAGAGAAAAAGUUCCAGUUCGUCGAGGCAGACUCCGAUAACGCAUCGGGCAUCGACGAUGACGACGAAGAUGCCAAACUCGUCGCCGAGACCGUUGAAGAGCCCACGGUGUCUUUGUGCGGCCACCAGUUCAGCAGUUUGUCUGUUCUGAUCAUUGGCGGCGUGCUGUUCGCCGCUUUAGUAACGCUCGGCCUGUUGAUCAGCAUAGCGCUCGGUCUGAAUGAUUCCAUGACGCCGACACUCUACUUGCGCGGAGCCGUGGCGAGCGACUCCGGCGCGUGCAGCGAGGUGGGCUUCUCGGUGCUGAAGGGGAAUGGAUCGGCAGUGGACAGUGCCAUUGCGACGCUCGUGUGCCUGGGCGUGGUACGGCUGCAGUCGGCCGGUAUAGGCGGCGGUGGAACAAUGCUGAUACGCAACGCAAGCGGUCACGUCACCUCCAUUGACUACCGGGAGAUGGCGCCGGGAUCGGCAAGCAGGGACAUGUUCAACGCAGAUUCAAGCAAAGCACAGCUGGGCGGUUUGUCUGUGGCGGUGCCAGGCCAAAUGAAAGGAUUAAGCCUUGCCCACGAGAUGUUUGGAAAAACAUCGUGGUCCUCGUUGAUACAGCCGUCAGUGGUGCUGGCCCGCAAUGGAUUUCCACUGGAAAAGCCGACCCGCGAUUGGGCAAUACAGAAGGAGCAGCAGCUCAAGCAGUCCAACCCCAGCCUUCACAGCCUACUGUUCACAGCCGAUGGCGUUCCUCUUCCCGUUGGUGCUGUUAUCCGGCGACCUCAACUAGCCAAUCUACUUCAGUCGGUGGCUGACAGUGGCAGUGGCGACAUCAUCUACAACGGCUCCAGCAUCAGCCAGCGGAUUGUGGAUGCAGUCCGUGCAGCCGGCGGCAGUAUGACCCUGCAGGACCUGGCGGCGUACCGAGCUGUGCUGCGCCCUCCACUCUCUGCCACCAUACGGUCCAAUCUGCUGCACACCAGCCCACCACCGUCCAGCGGUGCCACACUGCUAUCGGCGAUGCAGAUCCUCCGCGGCUUUGGCCCGCUGUCCGACUCCACACUCUCCUUUCACAGAAUGAUCGAGGCCAUCAAGUUUGCGUUUGUCCGUCGCUCGGAAAUAGCUGACCCCGACUUGGAAUCAUCAGUGGCAGCUGCUGUUGCCACAAUGAUCAGCCAAGAGGAAGGGGAUCGACUGCGCGCAAUGAUCCGCGACAACUCCACGCAGCCACUGUCCUACUACGGCGCCUCGUCGGCGACCACCACCGCCCCGGGUACUGUGCAGGUGUCGGUGCAGCGAGGUGAACAGGAGGCAGUGUCAGUAACCGAAUCGAUUGGAAGUCCGUUUGGAUCUCUUCUGAGCACUGUGGACGGAAUUGUACUGAACAACGCCAUGAAUGAUUUCUCAAUCCCCAACACGGUCGACUUGCAUGGCUUUCCACCAGCAGAGGUUAACUUCAUCAAGCCGCACAAGCGACCGCUAUCAUCAAUGUCGCCAGUUAUUGCUGCAAAUACGCAACUGAAUGAUACGAUUGCCGUUCGUGCGGUAGUGGGUGCCGGUGGUGGGCCCUCCAUACCGUCCACUGUAUUGCAAGUUCUUAUUGACUUGCUGGACAAAGGAAAGGAUGUAUCUACUGCAGUCAAGGCAAAGCGUCUCUAUCAACGCUUGACACCAGAUCUGGUAGCUAUUGAAGAGGGAUUCUCAGAGGAGGCCAUCGCUGGACUGCGUAGCCUUGGACACUCGAUCCUGGUCACCAACCGCUCCAUCGGCCAUUCAUCUGCCGUGUACCAAGACAAUAGUGACCCCCGGCGCAUCUAUGCAGCAUCUGACCCGCGGGACAGCGGGAAGGCCAGCUACGGAGCACUGUUCAAGCUAAAGAAGAAGUAGGUGCCGUGCAGUCGGCGGGGCUAGUUGCUUCUGCAGUCAGAGAAUUGCGUGCUUCCAAACGGCAACAUGACCUCCCCGACUUGCUACUCUAUCUAGUGUAUUUAUGCAGAUCGAUUUGCGUAUAUUAGGAUUGUUCCGUCCACAGGUUGGACUGUUGGCAAUCACUGCAGCCCUUGGCCGCCCGCUUGCUAUUCAAGUACACCGUCAUAAUAUUAUUGAUUAUAUUAUUAUGACUUUUGAUACCGGUAUUUAUACUAAUUACCAUUGUCGACGUCGCAAUCGCUGGCGCUUGCAGCAGCCUUGCUAGCAGAGCUUGCAAGAACGAUGUCGAUGAUGUGUUGCUCUUCUUCCACAGACUCAUUGCAUUCCUUAUUGUACAUGUUAUACUCAAGUCCAUUGAGACUUGCGCACUGGUUGAGACUAGCAAAUUAGUAGAAAUCAUCGCCGGAAUGCAGCAGUAGAUGUAUUUACACCGUGCCUCUUCCUUACCCGACCAACUAGAGUCACUACGACUACUGGCAUACACCACACGUUACAUGAUUAUCAUCAUGCCGGGCAAUGCUAGACAGCACACCCACUGUCCUGGAUAGAACACAGACCGACUUGCAGCUCAUCAUGGUUGUGGUUGUGUUUA